AUGGUUCAGGCAUUACAGAGGAUUCACGAGUGGAGGGCCUCCUUUGGUUCAACAGCAAUCACAGUUUUGAUGGCCUUCUUUGCCUCGAAGCCAGAGUACCAAACGCAAGCUGCCCACAAAGAAUUCGCUGUCAAUCAACUUGAGGAUUCAUGCUUCGUCUAUGAGGACCCUGACAAUGAAGACCAUCCUGGAGCCUUUUUAUCAGAGUAUAUCUUGUGCAUCUUCACUGCACAUUUAAACGUGAUUGCUGGAAACCAGAAGAUUGACACCCUGGAGUCUGGAAUGCCUUGUUACGAGACUGCACUUGCAUUGAUGACUGCAGCCGUGAGUCUGGUUGAUGUUUUCUGA